AUGAAAUUUUAUACCCUAAUUAGUAUUUUCUUUUUACAAAGUUGCGUUAUAAAUGCACUUGACUUUGCCGCUUCUGGCUGGAACGCUACUUCCACAUCUAGAUCUGUUUUAGUUCCUUCUUCCAGUACAGGUAGCGCUUCUUCUUCAUCGUCUACCGCCUCUGUUUGUUCUCCAACUGCUGUUUGUCCAAAUGAUAACUUUAACUGGCACGCACAACAACUUGGGUAUGAUAGAUAUUACCUGGAAAUAACCGAUAUUGAAUGGGAAUACAGCAACGUUUACGAAAUUAGUAUCCAUGUCUAUUCAAAGACGACUGAGCCAAUUACGUUGAGUGACUUAUGGGAGUUGAAGAUCAUUGGAUUGAAUUCGCCAGAUGAAUCAACGGUUGUAUUAUUCAGCCACAAUGAAAAUGUUUAUAAAAUUGAUAAUCCAAUCGAUUGGACUGCUAGUUUCAGGGUUUAUACCAGUGAUAGCGGAUGUAUUUCCACUAUGCCCAAUUUCCAAAUUCAAUACGAUUAUAGCUAUGUUCCAAAGGGCCCUGGCAGUUUUGAUUUAAGUGUUGGUUGCAAUGCUGACAAUAUGGGGAAUUCUCAAACUGAUUUCCCAAGUUAUGAGUGGAGUAAAGAAUGCAGUGCCAAUUGUAUUGCUUAG